AUGACUACCACACAAUUUAGUGAGAGAUUGAAUGAAAAAAAAUUUAUGCAUCGAGGAGAAGAUGAUGCACCUCUAAAUACAUCAGAAUAUGGUGUUAGUUAUGUUACUAUUUUACAUGAACUACAAAAAACAUAUAAUUGGAAAAAAUCUUUUGGAGUAAUAAAGAAAACAAAAAAAGUAGUAGUACCAAUUGACGUUGACGCUCAAACAGGGAAUAAUUCUAUUGACGAAAAUAGGAAGAACCAAAUUAAAAAAAUAAGAGAAACUGCCCCUCGAAAAACAAUCCAAAGCCAACACAUUAGAGAAAAACGUGAAUUUACUCAUUCAUUAAAUAAAACACAACAUGAACCAAGAACUAUAAAAGAAAAAAAGGAAAAAUUAAUUAAAAAUAUGAAUUAA